AUGCUAAUCCUCUCACAUCAUGCCGUUGGAGGAUUCUUGACGCACUGUGGAUGGAACUCGACUCUUGAAGGAAUCACUGCGGGUGUUCCACUGCUCACUUGGCCAUUGUUUGGAGAUCAGUUCUGCAACCAGAAGCUAGUCGUGCAGGUGCUAAAAGCGGGUGUUAGCGCCGGGGUUCAAGAGGUCAUGAAAUUUGGAGAAGAGGAGAAAAUAGGAGUGUUGGUUGAUAAAGAAGGUGUGAAGAAGGCAGUGGAAGAUUUGAUGCGUGAGAGUGAUGAUGCAACAGAGAGACGGGAAAGAGUUAAAGAGCUUGGAGAAUUAGCUAACAAGGCUGUUGAGGAAGGAGGCUCUUCCCAUUCUAACAUCACAUACUUCUUACAAGACAUUAUGCAACUAGCACAAUCCAAGAAUUGA